AUGCACACCAAGAGCAAGAAGCUGGAGAAACUUAGCAUCACCAUCAGCACAAACCAAGUCUCCUCUGGUACCACCAUGGGAAAGUGCAUCGUUAACUUAUGUGACCACACCCUUCAACUGGACGAAAUCGAAGUUCUUAGCCAAGGACUCAAUUACUGCCCCUCCACUAAAAUGGACCCCAUUGGUCUCAUGGCAGACACAGAGAAAUUCAUCAGACGAAUGAGACUCUCAGAAUUCUUCCGCGAUGUCAGCAAAAGUGGACGAAUUAUCGCUGGACUUUCUAAAGGAUCCAAAAUGAUGAGAUUAUUUCAGAGUGAUUUUUCUAGUGUGUGCCUUACAGGCCUUUGUUUGUUCUUUGUGCGGUACAAAAAUGACAUUGCGAUCACUGGGAAGAAUAUUCAUGAGGAGAUAUACUUUUGUGUUUUGGAUUGUACUGAUGGAAUUCUCACUGGUGCUGCGAAAAUGCUGGGAAAUAUUUUUGUCCAUGCUAUUUCUGCAUCUGACAAAUGGGGAGCACUGAACCAGUCAAUACAUGGGCACAGAGAGAAGAAAGCUUUCAAAGAUAUUGUUCGCAGAUACAUCAGAUUCCUAAAUGGCGCACUAACAAGUCUUGAAAAAGCUGCAGUCCUGAAGAGUGAAACUGUUGAUCUUUCCCAGCUGCGCUCGUUUGAACAAGUGACUGCUGCAGCAUCCAACCCAGAAAUAAUUCUACAGCUUGAAAAUGUACUUUUGAUGUGGCACAAUCAACUGGAACAGGUGCUGGCACAAAGUAAUCAAGUGAGAAAAGAGGCUGAAGGUUCAGGUCCACUCACUGAACUUGAACACUGGAAAUGCACAUCAGCAAAAUUCAAUUCCAUCAUCGAGCAGCUUAAAGGACAACAUUGCAAGGCAGUGAUAAAUGUGUUAAACACAAGCCACUCAAAAAUGUUAAAGAUGUGGCUAGAGUUGGAUUCUCAAAUCACUGAUGCAGCUAAUGAAGCAAAGGACAAUGUGAAGUUCCUGCAGGCACUGGAGAAAGUUUGUCAGCCACUCUACAAUUCUGAUCCGGUCACUAUGACAAAAGGUGUUCCAAAUUUGAUAAAUACAAUUCAAAUGAUCCAUAAUGUGUCACGAUACUACAACACCUCACAACAGAUGACUUCUCUUUUUAUUAAGAUCACAAACCAAAUGGUGACAGCCUGCAAGGAAUAUAUCACUGAAGAUGGCACUGCUCGUGUAUGGGACCAGGAUUCUGAAGUUGUUAUCAAUAAGAUGAAGGAAUGUAAAAAAUUGUUAGUGGAAUAUCGCAAAUAUUUCCAGAACACAAAGAAAUAUACAACUGAGACAGCACAAGAUACUCCAUUUGAUGUGUCAGAGAUGUACAUAUUUGGUAAACUUGAAGUUUUCUGCAAAAGACUGGCAAAGAUCACAGAAAUGGUUGUAGCAGUGAAAACCUUUUCUGCAUUACAAAAUUCUACAAUUGAAGGAAUCGAGAUUCUGGCAAUCAAAUUUCAGAAUAUCUAUCUAAAUUUGAAGAAGAGUCAUUAUGAUAUUCUAGAUCCUCGGAAGAAAGAGUUCAAUUCAGACUAUGCUGUAUUCAUGAAACAAAUAUUUGAUUUAGAGAAUUUGCUUAAUGACUUCAUGAGUAACUCCUUUGCUCAAAUUAAUUCUUCACGGCAUUCUUUACAUCUUCUAAAAAGAUUUCAGAGUUUGAAUAUACCAUCCCUUGAGUCAGAGAUUGAAGUUAUAGUUGAACGUAUUAUCCAGCACUAUGCAGGAGAGUUAAUGUUCGUAAAUAAGCACUAUCAAAUUAAUAAAGAGGACCCACCUCUUGCAAGAAACAUGCCUCCGAUAGCUGGAAAAAUACUGUGGGUGAGACAGCUCUUCAAACGUAUUCAUGAGCCCAUUGACUAUUUCUAUGUAAAAUCCAAGCAAAUUUUUCUUAAAGCUUCUGCAGUACCUGCAAUGGAUGGUCGAGAAGACAAGUCUGCUGCAAGCUUUUAUUUUAUUUCCAAGUGGACUUUUAAGCUGGUGCUUCAAGCAACUCUUUUGGUACGUGAUCCAGAGACUGGAAAACUCUAUUCGAACUUUGAUCAUAGAAUUCUUGAGAUCCUUCGAGAGUCUAAGUGCAUGUUAAAGAUGGAUUUGGAGAUUCCAGAGAUAGCCAAACGUCUGUUAAAAAUUGAAAAUACAUUAAAAUCUAACUGUAACAAUUUGGAGUCUGUUCUUCAUUCGUUUGAGACUGUGUGCCAAAGAAUUCCUUCUGAGUUUAUGGCAUUGAUAACACCUAAAGUCAACAAGAUUGAGUCUAUUCUAAGACAAGGAGUCACGUUAUUGAAUUGGUCUUCUCUAACACUUGACCAGUUCUUUGCUGAUGCGAACGCAGCUAUUAAUGAGUUGAUUACAUUGUUAAAGACACUAAUUGACUUACGUGAAAUGCAUAUCGAUGAAGUGUUAUACGAAAUAGCCCAAAAGAUUAUGAUCAACUUGCCAGAAGAUCAUACCUUAACCUUGGAAAACAUGGUUGCAUACAAUGAGGUUAGCUGCAGUGAAUGGGCAGACAUUUUAGCUCCUAAAGCUGGAUAUAUUGAAAUAACUGUGAACAAAUUGGUGGAUAUAUUUAUUGAAAUCUCUGAAACAAUUAACGAUGCCACAAAAUCUGAUAUUGAACCUGUAGAUCAGCUCAGGGGCUUCCACACGUGGUUUGACCGGCCUCGCAAUCCGCUGACCGUGAGUGCCGGACCCCAGUCCAACAACAAUCUCCACUCCACUCCCUGCCUUCAGCCUGCUGCACACCUGCUCUCAGCCGCUCCGCUCACUCCAGGCUACCAGCCUACUCCACUUGGGCCCUCAGGCAUUCUGCGCUGCUCCAGGUCUCCAGCCCACUGCGCUCCAGCUCUCAUCUACUCAACACCGCUUCAGGCUUUCAGCCUGCUCCGCUUGGCUGUCAGCUGCUCCAGGCCAUCAGCCUGCUCCACUCUGGCUCUCAGCCAUUCUGCACCUCUCCAGGUCUCCAGCCCACUCUGCUCAGGCUCUCAGCCACUCCAGGCCUUUAGCCCACUCUGCUCCAGCUCUCAGUUGCUCCACUCCACUCUGGGCUCUCAGCUGCUCCAAGAAAUAAAUGAAAACAGGAAUUUAAGGAAGCCGAAGAAUUUUUAUCACAAUGUAGCAGAACAUAAAGAUGUAACCAAAUUAGUCGCAAUGCUGUCUACUUCUGUCAACACCACCAGGGAUACAGUCGUGAGGGCACUAGAACAAUUUCAAAGAUUCAACCAGCUGUGGUUGCAAGACAGGGAUACAACAGUUAAGAAAUUUAUGGACAGUAACCCCAGUCUAUAUGAACUCCGAGCCAAAAUAGAGUACUAUGCUGGUUUUGAACGAGAGAUUGAGGAACUCAGCUCCAUCGUUACAGUAGACUUUAUUGAACUGAAUACCGAAGCCAUAAAACUGGCUUUUUUAGUGGAAGCCAAGGCUUGGAAAAUGGUACUUUGUCGGUUUUUGAAUGAGCAGUACAAGGAAAAAAUGGCAGCAAUAACAGCAUUUAUUGUUGAAGAAAUGAAGAACUUGGCUCGGCCUAUUCAAGAUUUGGAUGAUGUUAGAUUUGCUAUGGAGUCCUUGUCACAAAUACGAAAUAAUGAGAUACAAAUGGAUAUGACUUUGGGCCCCAUUGAGGAAGCAUACAGCAUCCUGAAUAAAUAUGGAAUGGAGAUUUCAAAGGAGGAAACAGAAGAAGUAGAUACUCUUCGAUACUUUUUCAAUAAAUUACAAGUCAAAGCUAGAAAUGUGCAAGACGAAUUGGUGCAAGUUCAACCCAAAUUUAAAGCUAACCUGCUGGAGUCAGUGGAUGUUUUUCAGAAAGAAGUGCUCAAAUAUGGAAGACAAUAUGAGAAAGAAGGCCCAAUGGUACCGGGUAUUGCACCUGCAGAAGCCAGCACCAGAUUACAGAUCUUUCAGAGUUGGUUUGAUGAGCUAUGGCGGAAGUUUGUGACAUACUCUUCAGGAGAGCGUUUAUUUGGUUUGCCAGUACAAGAUUAUGAAAUACUGCAGAAAAAUAAGUAUAAUGCUUACUAUAAAAAGGAUAUUCAACUCUGGGUGCACAAUCUGACAGCAUGCACAACAAUAAUAGAACAGUGGCUAUUAGUACAAAAUCUGUGGAUUUAUUUGGAGGCUGUCUUUGUUGGAGGGGAUAUUGCUAAACAACUGCCACAGGAAGCAAAACGAUUUCAAAAUGUUGAUAAAUCAUGGAUAAAAAUUAUGCAGAGAGCUCAUGAAAUUCCAAUCGUUGUCCACUGCUGUGUAGGUGAUGACAUUAUGGGACAGCUUCUGCCUCACUUACAGGAACAACUGGAGGUCUGCCAGAAAUCCCUAACAGGUUAUUUGGAAAAGAAGAGAUUGUUAUUUCCUAGAUUCUUCUUUGUCUCUGAUCCAGCUUUGCUGGAAAUCCUUGGACAAGCUAGUGAUUCACACACCAUCCAGGCCCACUUAGCAGGAAUAUUUGAUAAUGUAAAUGAAGCAGUUUUCCACCCAAAGGAGUAUGAUACCAUUCUGGCUGUCACUUCAAGGGAAGGAGAAAAAAUUCAUCUGGAUCACCCAGUGAUUGCAAAAGGUCCUGUGGAGCUAUGGUUAAGUGAUUUAUUGCGUGUACAACAAGCAUCAUUGCAUACUGUGAUUAAAUUAGCAUAUUACAGCUUCAGUGAGCCAGAUUUCCAGCUUAUACCUUUCCUGUAUGAGGCUCCAGGCCAGGUAGGAAUUCUAGCAAUCCAGAUAUUGUGGACACGGGACUCUGAAGAUGCACUUAGAUUGGCAAAAGACAGCAAAAAGAUUAUGCAGACGACUAAUCAGAAAUUCCUAGAGCUGCUGAACUCUCUUAUUGCCCAAACAACACACGACCUGACUAAAUUUCAGAGAAUCCAGUUUGAAACUCUUGUUACCAUUCACGUUCACCAACGGGAUAUAUUCGAUGACUUGGUAAAAAUGCAUAUCAGAACAGUAAGUGACUUUGAAUGGUUGAAACAAAGUCGAUUUUAUUUCAACGAUGACAUACAAGAAAUAAAAGUGAGGAUCACUGAUGUGGAAUUUAUCUAUCAGAAUGAAUUUCUGGGCUGCACUGAUCGACUUGUAAUCACACCUUUAACAGACAGGUGCUAUAUCACUCUAGCUCAAGCUUUGUGGAUGAAUAUGGGGGCGGCUCCAGCUGGACCUGCUGGUACAGGCAAAACAGAGACUGUGAAGGACAUGGGCAAAGCUCUUGGAAAAUACGUAGUUGUGUUUAAUUGCUCUGACCAAAUGGAUUUCAGAGGAUUAGGAAGAAUCUACAAAGGUUUGGCACAAUCUGGUUCCUGGGGUUGCUUUGAUGAAUUCAAUCGAAUUGAGCUGCCUGUUUUAUCUGUAGCAGCUCAACAGAUUUAUAUUAUUCUCAUGGCAAGGAAAGAAAGAAAGAAACAAUUUAUCUUCACUGAUGGAGAUAAUGUGUCAUUGAAUCCAGAGUUUGGUAUUUUUAUCACAAUGAAUCCUGGGUAUGCAGGACGGCAAGAACUGCCAGAAAAUCUAAAAAUUCAAUUUAGGACAGUAGCCAUGAUGGUACCAGACAGACAGAUUAUUAUAAGGGUCAAGCUUGCUAGUGUCGGAUUUUUGGAUAACGUGUUGCUGGCUCAGAAAUUCUUUGUACUUUAUAAGCUCUGUGAAGAGCAACUCACAAAGCAGGUUCAUUAUGAUUUCGGCUUGAGAAACAUUCUUUCUGUUUUGAGGACACUGGGAGCUCAGAAGAGAGCACGACCAGAAGAUAGUGAACAAACAAUUGUCAUGAGAGUUUUGAGAGACAUGAAUCUGUCUAAACUAGUGGAUGAAGAUGAGCCCCUUUUCCUCAGCCUGAUCAGUGAUCUGUUCCCGGGUAUACAGUUAGAUAGUAGCACCUACGUGGAACUGCAGGCUGCUGUAGCCAAUCAGGUGGAAAUAGCAGGAUUAGUUAAUCACCCACCCUGGAAUCUCAAACUGGUUCAGCUAUAUGAAACAGCCAGGGUUCGUCAUGGGCUGAUGACAUUGGGUCCUAGUGGCUCUGGGAAGACUUGUGUAAUUCGUAUUCUCAUGCAUUCACUGACUGAAUGUGGAGCUCCUCAUCGGGAAAUGCGCAUGAAUCCUAAGGCUAUCACUGCUCCACAGAUGUUUGGGCGACUGGAUCCUUCAACUAAUGACUGGACUGAUGGGAUCUUCUCAACACUUUGGAGGAAAUCUAUCAAGUCAAAAAAAGGUGAUAACAUCUGGAUAAUUCUAGAUGGUCCAGUGGAUGCUAUUUGGAUAGAAAAUCUAAAUUCUGUCCUGGAUGAUAACAAGACAUUAACUUUAGCUAAUGGUGACCGUAUUCCUAUGGCUCCUUCUUGCAAACUAUUGUUUGAGGUACACAACAUUGAGAAUGCAUCUCCAGCCACAGUGUCCAGAAUGGGAAUGGUGUACAUUAGCUCUUCUGCUCUCAGCUGGAAACCAAUUUUGAAGGCUUGGUUAAACAAACGCAUCCCUUGGGAGGCAGAGAUUCUACAAAACUUGUACGAUGUAUCCUUCGAAGAUGCUUAUCUGUACAUGAAAUUAAAUCUCCAUCCAGUUAUGGAGCUGCUUGAGUGUAACUAUAUUGUGCAGUUUCAGAUCCCAAGCUAUGAAUUUCUGACUGAAAAAUUACAGUUUUAUCAGAGACAACAUAAUGAAGGAGUCCGAUCAGGUUUUCUUGAUCUUGUUUUCUUCAAGGAUGCAAUGACACACAUUAUGAAAAUAUCACGUAUAAUCCGUACAGACUGUGGAAAUGCUUUGCUGGUAGGCGUUGGUGGUUCUGGAAAACAAAGCUUCACAAAACUGGCAUCCUAUAUUGCUGGAUAUAAAAUAUUUCAGAUCACUUUAACAAGAGCGUACAGCGUCACCAAUCUAAUGGAUGAUUUGAAGAUAUUGUACAGAACAGCUGGGGCAGAAGGCAAGGGAAUCACUUUCAUAUUCACCGAUAAUGAUAUUAAGGAAGAGUCCUUUCUUGAAUAUCUCAACAAUGUGCUUUCUUCUGGAGAGGUGUCUAACUUAUUUGCUCGGGAUGAACUUGAUGAGAUUACUCAAUCACUGAUUGCACCAAUGAAGAAAGAAGCACCUCGCAUUCCCCCAACUUUUGACAACUUAUAUGAAUAUUUUAUAAAAAGAGCCAGGAAAAAUCUUCAUGUUGUCCUCUGUUUCUCUCCCGUUGGUGAAAAGUUUCGAUCACGUGCAAUGAAGUUCCCUGGUCUGAUCUCUGGUUGCACUAUGGAUUGGUUCAGUCGCUGGCCCAGAGAGGCACUAGUGGCUGUGUCACACUACUUCCUUUCUGGGUUUUACAUCGCCUGCUCAGCCGAGGUCAAAACCCAACUGGUGUCAACAAUGGGUGUCUUCCAUGACAAGGUCUAUCAAACAUGUGAGGACUAUUUUCAGAGAUAUCGUCGAAGAACACAUAUAACUCCCAAAUCCUAUCUUGCUUUUAUAAACAGCUACAAAACUAUCUACAAAGAGAAACAUGUAAACAUCAAUGACCUAGCAGAGCACAUGCAACUGGGUCUUUCCAAGCUCAUGGAGGCAACUGAAUCAGUCGCUCUUCUCUCCAAAGAACUAGCAGGAAAAGAAAAGGAACUUGCAGUGGCUUCCCGUAAUGCUGAUAAGGUACUUGGGGAGGUGACAGUUAGUGCACAAGCAGCAGAGCUGGUUAAGAAUGAAGUCCUGAUCGUAAAAAUUAAGGCCCAAAAAAUUGUGGAAGAAAUUGAAGCGGACAAAAAUAUAGCAGAAGGCAAACUGAUAGCUGCAAAGCCAGCACUAGAAGCUGCAGAGGCUGCUCUGAAUACAAUAAAACCUGCUGACAUUUCUACUGUGCGGAAAUUAGCCAAACCACCUCACCUGAUUAUGAGGAUUCUUGACUGUGUGCUCGUUCUCUUCCAAAAAAAAAUGGAUGCAGUCACCAUGGACCCUGAAAGGCCCUGUCUCAAACCAUCCUGGGGCGAGUCUUUAAAGUUGUUGAGUGGCACUGGCUUUCUCCAGGCCCUGCAACAGUUUCCAAAGGACACCAUCAAUGAUGAAACAGUAGAGCUUCUCCAGCCAUAUUUCAUGAUGGAAGAUUAUACAUUUGAACAUGCUAAGAAAGUCUGUGGGAAUGUUGCUGGCUUGUUAUCCUGGACUCAAGCAAUGGCUUCUUUCUUUGCAAUUAACAAAGAGGUGCUGCCUCUCAAGGCUAAUUUGGCAGUACAAGAAAACCGCCUCCAACGGGCCAUGAAGGAGUUGGGAAGUGCCCAGGCACAGCUGGAUGAGAAGCAAGCUGAGCUCGACAAGGUACAGGCCAAGUUUGAUGCUGCCAUGAAGGAGAAAAUGGACCUAUUGGAAGAUGCAGAAACAUGUCGAAGGAAGAUGGAAGCUGCAUCAGCACUGAUUGAUGGCCUGAGCGGGGAGAAAAUCAGGUGGACAGAACAAUGCAAGGAGUUUAAAGCACAAAUCAACAGGUUGGUGGGAGAUGUGCUGUUGGCUACUGGCUUUCUUUCGUAUAGUGGUCCUUUCAAUCAAACAUUCAGAGAUAUAUUGCUGAAAGUAAUCUGGGAAGUAGAGCUCCAGAAAAAGAAGAUUCCAUAUACGGAUAAUCUAAACAUUAUAGCUUUCUUGGUGGACCAGGCUAUGAUUGGUGAGUGGAACCUGCAAGGAUUACCAAGUGAUGACCUAUCAGUUCAGAAUGGCAUCAUUGUUACCAAAGCAACAAGGUAUCCACUUCUCAUUGACCCUCAAACACAGGGUAAAACCUGGAUUAAGAGGAAGGAGAAAGAUAAUGAACUACAGGUAACAUCACUUAACCACAAGUAUUUCCGGAAUCACCUGGAGGAUUCUCUAUCACUUGGACGCCCUCUGCUAUUGGAAGAUGUGCAAGAAGAAUUGGAUCCUGCACUGGACAAUGUGUUGGAGAAAAAUUUCAUCAAAUCUGGGACCUCCUUUAAGGUGAAGGUGGGCGAUAAAGAAAUUGAUGUCAUGGCUGGAUUCAUGUUCUACAUUACUACAAAACUUCCAAACCCAGCCUACACUCCAGAAAUUAGUGCCAAGACAUCCAUCAUUGACUUCACCGUAACCAUUAAAGGUCUUGAGAAUCAGUUGCUUGGACGAGUGAUCCUUACGGAGAAACAGGUAAAGUCUUGGUGUCCUGACAGAAUUCUCUCACAAGCUCGACACUACAUUGCUGAGGCAAUGGAGGCAAAAUAUGCAGAGCCAGUGAUUCUAAACCUGGAGACAACCUGGGAAGAAAGUGAUGCACAAACUCCUCUGAUCUGUUUCCUGUCAAUGGGAUCUGAUCCCAGCAAUCAGAUUGAAGGACUGGCCAAAAAGCUUGAAAUUGAUUGCAGGGCAAUAUCAAUGGGCCAGGGACAAGAAGUACAUGCCAGAAAGUUAGUGGCUAUGUCGAUGCACGAGGGCGGAUGGGUUCUACUGCAGAACUGCCAUUUGGGAUUGGCUUUCAUGGAUGAGCUGCUAGAAACCUUACUAAUAAGUGAGAAUGUGCAUGACUCUUUCCGAGUGUGGCUAACCACUGAGCCGCAUCCAAAGUUCCCGAUCACAUUGCUGCAGACAUCCAUCAAAUACACUAAUGAGCCUCCGCAGGGAGUGCGGGCAGGACUCAAAAGAACAUUCACUGGAAUCACUCAGGACCAAAUAGAAUAUUCAAAUCUACCCAUGUGGAGACCACUAUUGUACGCUGUUGCUUUCCUGCACACCACAGUUCAGGGAGUGUCGUGGAAUACCAUACGUUACAUGCUCGGAGAGGUUCAGUAUGGAGGCCGAGUCACAGACGAUUAUGACAAACGCCUCCUCAACUGUUUUUGCAAGGUGUGGUUCAAUGAGAAGAUGUUUGAUUCCAAGUUCAGUUUCUACACUGAUUAUAUUAUCCCAAUCUGUGCCAGUGUGGAGUCCUAUUUAGAGUAUAUUCAGACAUUACCUGCCGUUGACACCCCUCAAGUGUUUGGACUACACCCAAAUGCUGACAUCACGUACCAGAGUAAUACUGCGGCUGAAAUUCUCAACACCAUCACCAAUAUUCAGCCAAAAGAAAGUGCUGGAGGAGCAGGAGAGACUCGAGAAGCCACUGUCUUUAAACUGGCUGACAGUAUGCUGCUAAAGCUACCCCCUGAUUACUUGGCACAUGAGGUGAAAGCUCGCCUCAUAAAGAUGGGAAUUUUGAAUUCCAUGAAUAUUUUUCUGCGCCAAGAAAUUGAUCGAAUGCAGAGGGUUAUUACAAUGCUCCGGAACUGUCUGAACGACUUAAAGUUGGCUAUAGAAGGGACCAUCAUCAUGAGCGAGAACUUAACAGAUGCCUUGGAUAAUAUGUAUAAUGCCCGAGUCCCUGUGGUUUGGAAGAGGAUUUCCUGGGAUUCUUCUACAUUGGGAUUUUGGUUCACAGAAUUCCUAGAGAGAAAUGCACAGUUUUCUUCCUGGAUAUUUGAGGGAAGGCCAAAUGUAUUUUGGAUGCCAGGAUUCUUUAAUCCCCAGGGAUUCUUAACCGCUAUGAGACAGGAGGUCACACGUGCACAUAAAGGCUGGGCGCUGGACAGUGUCACUCUACACAACGAAGUAACAAAACUGAUGAAAGAGGAGAUCAAAAUACCACCCCCGGAGGGAGUGUACAUUUAUGGCCUUUACCUCGACGGAGCAGGUUGGGACCGGAGAAAUAUCCGACUGACUGAAUCAACUGCCAAGGUCCUCUUUACAAUGCUACCCGUCAUUUAUAUGUUUGCCAUCAAUUCCACUGCACCCAAGGAUCCAAAACUGUAUAUCUGUCCAGUUUAUAAGAAACCACAACGUACAGACCUGACAUUCAUUACUGCCCUCUGCCUGAAAACAAUCCAGCCACCUGACCAUUGGAUCCUGAGAGGGGCAGCUCUGCUCUGUGAUAUCAAGUAG